GAGACAAAGAUGUGACACCACUGUGUCACUGUGCACGCUGGCAUGAGAUGAAGAUGGCAGAGAAAGGGCCAGGGAUGGCCACUCUUAGAUUCACAAGCAUCGUAGUUUGUGCUGUUUUACUGGGACGAGGAUCCCCUGAGAAGACAGGAGGCGGUAAAGAGGACCAGAGAGAUGCCAUUCUUAGGGAGAUCAUUUCAAAACUGAGUAAAGGAGGUGGUUGGAGUCCUCAGAAUGCUCCUCCAGAAACAGACAAGGACCAGUCUGUGCACCCCUGGGUGAGGAAUAUCAUGGGGGGCCUAAAAACGCUCGGUCUUCUUCCCAGCAAGAACUUGCCCUCGCUAAAUAAGCCAAUUGACAGACACCGACUCUCGGGCUUCCUCUACAACAUCUCUCUGUAUCUCCAAGAGAUGGGUGCUGAGCUGGAGGAUGCGCCGACGGAGCCUGACGAGGAGCAGCUGUGGGAGAAGGUGCUGCAUUUCUUUCUCCAGUCUGAAGGGAGUGCUGCGCUGAACCAGUGGAACGGCCGGGUGCCACCCAGACCCAGCGUCAAAGUGCAGGACUGGUUUUUGUCCCUGAGGGGCAGUCCACACUGGGACUGGCUCCUGGGACUGCUGCAGAGUCUGAUCACUCUGUCAGAGCGUCAGCCCCACAGGCCUUUCUUGACUUUCUUAUCUCAGAACUGGAGGACAGUGAGCGCCGUGCUGGAAGCUGCACUUCAGGCUCUGGUCAGUGGGACCUAUGGCCAGGCCAGUGCAGGCCUGCAGGGCUUUAUCUGUGCUCUGAAGGGCCGUAGCGACUGUGCCUUCAGUGUUAGCUGGCUUCAGCAGCUGCUGCGUUUCUUAGAAACACGCAACUGGAAGCCUGUGGUCAGUUUACACCCUGCAGAAGAAGGUGCCGACCACAGCAAGGGCUCAAGCGCGUUUGGACGUUUGAAGCCCUUCAGUUUGCCUCCUGAGGCCAUGAUGCAGGACGGGUUGCCUGGAAACACAUCUCUGGACGACACAACAGCCACAGAGGAUGAUCCAGACUCUGUGCAAAGUUUACUGCUGCAGGCCUUGUCACGCUCAGGUGGAGGAGAGCGAGGAGGACACUUGGCACAGAAAAACUUAGCUCUCGUGCAGAGCUUGGAUGGGCUGAGGAGGGGCCUCCUGCACAGGGUGGGCAGUUCUGUUUACGGUAACCUGAGGAAGAAAGUGUCACGAGUUACCAUGGCGCUGCUUGAUGAUGUCAGCAGCCUGGUGGACGUGCCACAGCCCAGUGCUCGGGGCCAGUGCUCAGUUGGUGACCUGAGACAGCUGAUCUUAUGGGGGAUAAGGCAUAAUGUGACGUGGAACACCCAGGCUUUGGGUGUUAGCUCCCAGGGUCUCCCAAGCUCACUCCCAUUCCUGUCCUGCCCCUCCACUGAUCCAGAUGAACUGAGAUCACAACAAACAUCUUCUUCUUCUCCUAAAUCAGCCCCUUCCUCACGAACAAUAUCCAGAUCAAAACAAUACCUUCAUGAACUCUCUGCUGCAUCUCAUCACUCCCAGCCACAAACAGGGAGAACGACAGAAAGCAACGACCAGCUGAGAGAGAUGGACUUCCCCACCUCCACGGAAAUCCUGGAGGCAGCCUGUAACGAGUCCAUCCCAGGCUUGACAGGCGUCUCCAACUUCACCGUGUUCCUCUAUUGUAAACUGUUUGAGGGUGAGAACGGGUCGGUUAACCCAGCGGUGGCUCAGAUGGGGCUCGACCUGCACGCUACCUGCUCUGACGCGGCUUGGUACCUGUCUGCCGCUGAGGAGGACUUCCUCUGGGUCCAGGUCUGCAGUGAGUUCUUUGCCCAUGAAUUCAACAACACCGUGUGUGCCAACACCUCAUUCUGGCUGCAGAGAGCACAUCAGGCUGCACUAACAAAGGACUACCAUUUUUUCAACCAGACUAGCAUAGAUGACCUGUGUGUGCAGCUGACAGGUGAAGCAAUAGGAAGUACAGGACUUGAUGAGAACUGUCUGGCUCAGUUGGGCAGCAGGUCACUCACUGCCCAGGUUUUCAGACACUGCUUCCUGCCCAACAACUCCGUCCUGAUCUCAUCUUUGUGCGGCAGAGAGUCCCCUGACUCGCGCAGAUCCUUACCGGAGGGCAGCUGGGCUGCGGCAUACUGCUCCAAAAUACUCAACUCCUCCAAUGCUGACGCCACUGAAGACACUUGUCAGCAGUACAGGGAGUGGGCCGUGCAUCGUUUCACCAACAUCACCCUCCUGGAGCUCUGUGGGCAGACACAUGGGUUGAGAGAGUACAUGUGUCUGAACACCACACUCUACAGUCAGCUGCUAAGGUUAAUGCCUCAGUUGGCUGAUUUCUGUGUUGAUGUGAAGGCGGAACUGGAGGGCAGGAAGUGCUUCCUGCAGAGGUUUUUUGACAUGCUCCCGGCUCGGUACGAGUUUGACACGUCCCAGCUGUGUGUAGACCCGGCCCCAUUGCUGGCCGACGUCCUCCACAAGCUGAGCGUGUGCGAGGUCGAAGGAGGGGAGCGUGAAGGGUUUUUGGUGGCCCUGGGAUAUGUGUUGCGGGUGCUGGACUUUGUGGUGGGCCUCUCUUCAGGUCUGGAUGAGGGGGAAAGAGAGGCAAGGCAAGGCUUGGGUCAGGCCAUCCUCCUGUCCAGUCUCCUCGACAACGUGUCCUGGGCCUCUCUGCAGCCAGAGGCCUCCACAAGUGUCCUUCACACCGUGGGAGUCUUCCUGCGCAGAGAGCAGAAUGUUACCCUGAAAGAGGACCUGCUGAGCUGCUUCAGUCCUGUCCUGUGGGACCUCAUCCAGCGGGAUGACAACUCAUCGGCUCUCAGGGUUCUGCUGCAGGAGUACCUCCAGAUGCCAAGAGACAGCAUUCGCACUCUAGUGAUGUCUGCUGAAAAAGAUGCAGUUAAGAGAUUUCUCUCCCAUAUGCAUCAAAGCUGGGACCAGCUACAAGUUGAAGCCAGCCAGGCCUCUCAAAAAGAAUUGCAAGCCAUGGAAACAAUGACCGCUGCUUUCAUCCAUAAGUUCCCCCGAGUGACCCCAGAGCUGUUUGUGGACCUGUCUCAAUUCAUACCCUUCAUGUCCAUCUCUGACAUUAUGAGCUUCCCCGCCUCCCUGAUUGUCAAUGACAGCGUACUGACAGCCAUUCGUGACCACAGCUCAGGGAUGAAGUCGCUGCAGAAAAAGGCCUUUGUCAAACGACUCCUGCAGUCGAGCGCGGUGGGUGAUGUCCCUACAUGGCCACCGUACUUUCUCAGUUCCAUCCUCCCGCUUCUGCCUUACCUCCCAGUCAGUCAUUUUCAGCAGCUGACAUCACAACAGCUUGCUCCUCUGGUAGAGUUGCUAGGCAAUGGCAGUCUGGAUGGUGUAAGGGGGCGCCAUGUGCUCCGGACCCUCUUCAGCAAGAAGAAGAAUCUGACCAGUGAUAACAUACUGAGGUUAGGAGUCCUUGCAUGUUACCUGGAUCCAGUAGACCUGGAUUCAUAUAAUCAGGACUCAGCUGUGUCCCCUGUUCUCUGGCAGCAGCUAGCUCAGUGCAUGUCUAAGGGGUUCGUCAGUGCCAGCGGCAGGUUGUCCUCUUGGUUGAUACCAGCAGUUCAGACCCUGAAUGUCAGCAGCAUGGCUCCUGCAGAACUGUCUGCUCUCAGUGGUCUGCUUCCUCAGUUAGGAGCUUCCUUCCUGCUGUCUCUCCCCUCACGGCAGCUUCUGGAUCUCCUCUCAAAGCCAGGAUUACAGAGAUACUCGCCAGCACAGGCAUUUCAAAUGUUAUCCAAGAUUUCAAAGGAAACCAACCUCACCAUGGAAGAACUUUGCAGACUGAAGCCGUUACACUUCGGUCUGUCCCCUGUUGUGCUUGGAGACCUCCGGUGGCCUGAGAUCAGUGAAACUGCCCGCUGUCAGUGCUGGAGAGCGUUGCUAACCGAGCUCAAGCCUGGCCACAGAGCUAUGCUAUAUAAUGCAGUGCAGGAGGCUUUACACAGAGACUUGCAGAACAUCACACAGCAGGUAAAUUGUUUUUUACCAUUCGUGUCUCUGAAGAGGCUGAUAGACACCAUGAAUGGGGAAGCAAUUCUGAGAGAUAUCAGCCUGUACAGACACAUCCACUGGUCGCCACAGCAGGCUCAGGUUCUGUUCAAAAAAGCCUGUGCAUUCAAAAACUUUACCAGCAAGUCAGUGAGGGCUCUGGGUCAUAUUGCCGGCGGAAUGAGCUGUGACUUUUUGAGGCUUUGGACCAACGAUACAGAUUUUGCAGAGCUGCUUCAGUUUGUUAGUGAGCUGCCUGGAGAAAUGAGACCUGCUCUGCGGAAAUGUAUCGUAGAGGAACUGAGGAAACAACCUGAACCCGACCUCAGUGUUUUGAGCUCUAAGUUUGCUGCAACAUUGCCAGUGACAAUGUUAGAGAACCUCUCUAAUGCAACCUUCAGAGGCAUUUUGGACCACAUCCACGCACACUUUGCUGAUUUCCUCAGACUUCCACAUUACAAACAGAAGAAUUUAGCUGAGAAGGCCGUAACUGAGCUGGGCUCUGCUCAGGCGGAGGAGCAGAUUGAUGGCACCACUCUAGAUGUCCUGGGGCCUUUGCUGCCCUUCUUGGACCGGGACAGUUUGGCGCUGGUGGACAGAGGAGCUCUGGCUCUGCGGCUGGAGGAGAUGAGAAGUUUCUGUCUUCCUAAAGAGGCUCUGAGGGAUAUAAGUUCUCUGCUCACUCAGAAAGACUUGCUUGGGGAUCCUUCCAAAUGGCAAGUUGGGGAUGUGGAACAUUUGGGCAGGUUGGUGUUUUCUCUCUCAACAAAGCAGAUUAACGCCAUCCCGCUGACAGUGUUGAAUAAAGACACCGUAGAGCAGGUCCUGGUGGGUCAAAGGCGCUGGGAGAGCAGUGCGGUGGGUGCAAUCUGUGUUGCUCAGUGUAUGGAUCAACAUCGCCAGAGACAACAGACCCAGAGUCUCAUCCGUGGGAUCGUCAAAGCACGGAGCAGGAGGGCAAAAGUGCCAGUUCCAAGCUGUGCAGACAUCAGAGGAACUUUUCCUUCAGCUUGGACGUCCACUCAGCUCAGCCGUAUGUCGCAGGAGGAUCUCCAACAGUGUGUAGAAGUUUUCGGUCAGGAUGCUUCACUGAGCUCUGAGCAGCGCCGGACACUGUGGGUGAAACUCAGGCAGUCAUUCAGUCCGGUGAGGGAGCUGAGAGCAGAUCAGGUGCUGGCUCUGGGCUCAGUGGUGACUGAGAUGGGAGAGAGAGAGCUGCAGGACACCAAUCUCACCGACCCAGGUGUGUUGGCACACCUGGGGACGCUGACAGAUUGGAGCCCUAAAAAGAUGAGAGCAGUGGUUUUGGGUGUGAUGAGGAAACGCAGGCUGAAAGUGGAGCAGUUAACGGUUGUAGAUCUGGCGACAUUUGGCCAUCUGAUCUGUGGUCUGUAUCUGUCAGAGAUCAAGAGACUGACCCCAUACGAUCUCAGUGUGGCUGUGCGGUUCCUGCGGGAGAUGUCCCUGCCAUGCACAGAACAGCAGAUGGAAGCCUUGGCAAGCCGUUUGUCCCGACCGGAGGCCUUUGGUCCAGUCAGUGCUUGGGGACCGGAGGUUUUCACUGAAAUUGGGACAUUGGCAGCGGGCCUGGAGGAUAUGGUGCUGUCAGCUUUGGUACAAGAACAAAUGGAGGGAAUCACCCCUGAAGCCAUCGCUCUGAUGUCACCAAAGAAGAUGGCAGUGGUGUUCAGUGCGGUUCAGCUGUCGUGGAUGAGCGCGGAGCAGGCAUGGGCCGUCACCGAUGAGCAGUGGGCUGAGCUGGACACUGAGCAGAGGCACGCGGUCAGACUAGCCCAAUAUGAAGGAGACGUCCUGUUGGAGUUGAGAGGGAGAAACUCGGCUCCAGCAGCCGUGAACACAGGCGGCCUCGCUUUCCACUCACUGGCUCUGAGCCUCUUGUUAUGGCAACUAAUUUAAAAUGCUGGAAACAAAUUUAAUUGUCCAUUGACCUCUCUUGGUAUCAUCAUAUUUGUACUUCAAAUAAAUAUUUUAAACUGGUCUGUUCCUUUCUGUGUGUUGGUCCUCAUUUACGUUGUGCUUGACUGUGCUGUGCCGCUCAUACUUCACUUUAAUGUGAGUUAUCAGCUUGGCAGAAUGUGAAUUUACUGGAUCUGUGAUCAAACAAACUUGAGAUGCUAUGCUGUUGCAUCAGCUAUACGCUGGGGGCAGAUACUGAGCUCUAUUCCUCGUGGUAUAUUUAAGAAUAGUAAAAGCAGCAUAAACCUCAUGAAAACAUUUCCUCAAAGGAGAGUGAUAUAUAAAUAUCUUCAAACUUUUUCUUUAAAUUUAAGGCAUCAGGACGUUUAGGAAUA